GAUGCACCUUUAACUGAUAUCAAAAAAGCAUAUCGACGGAUGAGCAUGGAUCGACAUCCCGAUCGAAAUCCGGACGAAAAUGCUGAUGAACAGUUCCGUAAGCUCGCUGCUAUAUAUGAAGUCCUGAAAACAACGGAUCUGCGGAAGAAAUAUGAUGAUAUUCUGGAAAAUGGCCUUCCCGAUUGGAAACAGCCGUUGUUCUAUUACAGGCGUGCGCGGAAAUUAUCUUGGUUUGAAGCGCUUCUGAUAAUUGGCAUUAUUUGCACAGUUGGCCACUAUUUUAUGUUAUGGGGAGCUUAUAUUGAUAGAUAUUGGACGUUGUCAUCAAAUCGGAGUAGAUUACGCAAAAAGGAAGUGCGGCAAUUGAAGAAAACAGGCACGGACGCCGAGUUGUUGUAUGAAGCAGAAAUAGCCGAGAUGCUUGCCGAUCUGUGGCCCUCCUGGCAAAAUUUGUUGCCGUUGUUGUUGAUCGAUCACCUUGGUAGGAUCGUUGCUGCAACGAAUGAACUCGGAGAAGGGCCUACUCGUCGUUAUACUGCUACGCCACAGCCUGUUUUCGAGUAUAGCGUUGCGUCGGAUGUAAAGCCAGUGUCAACUUGUGUUUUCGACAACACUAAUAGAAUCAAAUCCAAUACGGCCAGUGACAGUAAGUUGUUAAUAACAAAGUACUAA